CCGUCUUCACGCUGCUGCUGAUGUGGUGUUCCCAAGUUAGCAAAAACCUCCUGAGCCGACACGAACCGGCUGAUUUUUGUUAAAAUAAAAACGUUUUUUGUCUAAUAUUAAAAAUGCCUUUUUAUCAGACGUGGGAGGAGUUCGCCCGGGCAGCGGAGAAACUGUACCUGACGGAUCCAAUGAAGGUCAGAGUGGUGCUUAAGUACAGACAUUGUGAUGGAAACCUUUGCAUUAAAGUGACCGACAACGCCGUGUGUUUGCAGUACAAGACGGAUCAGGCCCAGGACGUGAAGAAGAUCGAGAAGCUGCAUGGAAAACUGAUGAGACUCAUGGUGUCCAAAGAGACGCACAGUGGUGCCAUGGAGACGGACUGAAAUGCUCUAGGAGAACUAGAGCAAGUGGACUGAGUUCAGUGGACACAAUGGUUGUUGAGAGCACAGAACCACCGGAGUGCGAUGCAGAGUCUGAGAGAGAGGAGCGGAGAUAAAGAGAGAAUGUAGGGAGAUUGAUUUGGUUGCCUCUGCUGAUCUUAUACCAUCAGAGAUGUGAUAAACAUACUGUAUAUAUUUUAUUCUCUCAGGAUUUUGUUGUUUUUUAUGCUACCUGUUAGUCAAUAAAACCCCAUUAUUCUACGUGUCCUGGAGGGGCAUUUUGUUCACAUCUCUGAUGGUAUGAAUAAAACAGAAACUCAGUGUAGGCCGCUGAGUGAUGUAAGGAAAUGUACAGAAGAGGAAACGAGAGGGGGGGGGGGGGGGUGGUAGAGAGGGAUGAACAGAUCCUUUGCUGCUGAGUAAGCAGCGUUGGCACCUUGAUUUGUCUGAAGGAGGACUGUAUUUAUUUUCAUUUUUAAAUGAGAUGAAGGUGUCACAUGAAUUUUUUUUGUUUUUUUAAGAAGAACAAUGAAGCUACGUUGGGUUCAAUGUCAGCACCGCUAAUGGUUUCAUUUUCUAUGUCCUCAUGGACUCGUGCCACAUGAAUUAAGCAGGACCUUUUGAUUUAGUAAAAAUGACCCCCCCCCCCCCGCCCCCCAAUAAACAACAACAACAUGCCUCUGAACGCCAUGUCAUCGCCUCAGAAUAAUUAUGUUACACAUGUUGAAUAAAAGUUUAUUGACCCCAGUAAAGCCA